AUGGACUGCUGCUUUCAAUGGGUACACUGCCUGCUCGCGCGGGAGUUGCCUUUGAAAUUGCUGGUUCUUCUCUGGGAGAAGUACAUGGCGAUCGGAAGUAGUGAGAUGGUGCUUGACUUCCACGCCUACGUCUGUGUGGCAAUUAUGAUGCACCUGCGCCUGAAGAUGCUUGAAAAGCCGCUAGAUGUUGUCCUUCAGCUUCUGAAGGACCCAUUGGAAAGACGAGCACCGUCACCGCCACCAGGACCCGGAAACGACGGCGUAUACAAUCGUGCCUGGCUGGAGGGCCUUAUUUUAACGGCGUCGCAGCUCUUCCGCGACCACCCGGCAUCCUCGUUGUCAUGA